AGGGAGGGAGGGAGGGAGUGGAGAGGGUGGGGGGGAGAGAUAAGAGAGAGAAGAGGAAAAGGAGAGAGGAGAAGGAAGGAAGAAGAAGGAAGGAAGGGGACAAUACGAUCAUGCUGUGCUGUAUGAGAAGAACAAAACAGGUUGAAAAAAAUGAGGACGGGGACCAAAAGAUUGAGCAAGAUGGCAUCAAACCAGAAGAUAAAGCUCAUAAGGCAGCCACCAAAAUCCAGGCCAGCUUCCGCGGACACAUAACAAGGAAAAAGCUCAAGGGAGAGAAGAAGGGGGAUGCCCCGGCGUCUGAGAGCGAGGCCGCCGACAAGAAGGACGAAGGGCCUGCUGGCGGAGCGGCCGAGAACAAAGAGAGCGAGGCUCCCGCUGCCACAGAGGCUGCCGCCGCUGACAGUGCCCAGCUGGAGGAGGGCAGCAAAGACAGCAGCGCGCCAGCGGAGGAGAAAAAAGGAGACGGAGCCGCUGACACGGGCUCAGAGCAGCCAGCCCCGCAGGCUGCCACUCCUGCUGCCUCCUCGGAGGAAAAGUCCGCUGCUGCCGCCGCCGAAACGGAAAGUGCCACUAAAGCUUCCACUGAUAACUCGCCGUCCUUGAAGGCUGACGAAGCCCAAGACAAAGAGGAGCCUAAACAAGCCGACGUGCCUGCUGCUGACACCACUGCCACCACCACCCCUGCUGCAGAGGAUGCUACUGCCAAGGCAACAGCGCAACCCCAAAUGGAGACAGUGGAGAGCAGCCAAACCGAAGAGAAGACAGAUGCUGUAGAAGAAACCAAACCUACUGAAAGUGCCCAGCAGGAAGAGGUGAAAGAAGAAGAGAGCAAGGCGGACCAAGAAAAUGCCUGAACAUUAAGAAAUGACUCCCCAUUGCCCCUCCCUCCCUCCCCCUAUCCUCUAUCCUUCCUUCCCACCCCAAUCUCGAUCUCCCCUCUUCCUGCUCACAUCUGUGAGCCUGUCCGUCCCUCUCCCAUUCCCACUUAAACCCUUUUUCUCUCUGUGUGGCAAACAUUUAAAGAAAAAAAAAAAAAAGAAAAAAAAAAAAAAAAGCAGGAAAAAUCCCAGUCAAACAGUGUGGCUUAAACAUUUCUUUGUUUCUUGGUGUUGUUAUGGCGAGUUUUUUGGUAAUGAUGAUCCAAUCAUUUUGGGAAAAUUCUUGCACUGUAUCAGAGUUCUUUGACCUGGCGCGUGCGUGUGUCUGUCUGCCCACCACGAGCGCUCUCUCUCUCUCUCUCCUCUCUCUCUUCUCCAAGUGUGUGUGUGUGCAAUGUUCCGUUCAUCUGAGGAGUCCAGACUUACCGAGUGAGUUAAAACAAAAGCAAAACAGGAAAAAAAAAAUAAUAAUAAUCCUUUUCUUCCUUUUUCAAUGUGAUGGAAUGAACGAAAGAAAAACAAACGAAUGAAAAAUAAUACCAAACCCCAGUUUGUUUUCAGAACUAGAACAAAAAAAAUAUGUGCCAAUUAGCGUAAUGCUUGGCUCCAGGCUCCUUUUUCAAACUGAACAAUAAUUAUAAUAAAUGAGAAUAAUGAUCAUUAACACCGCCGUGUCGCAUUUCUAUGCUGCCGUACACCCUCUGGCCUGCGUACACAGACGGGUCUUGGUGGGCCUCUUGUUGCCUGGCCCCACUCUGCUCCUCAGCCACCGCUCCGCCACUGGUCAGUGACCAACCGCCCUCCCUGGCAUCACCAAGGGGAUUUUUAGGGGACCUCAGACUUGGAUUUUGAGUGAGGGAUCAGCGCCGAGUGAGGCAUUAACAUAAAUAAUGGAAGUAGCAAAAUCAGCCUUGGGAAAGAACAAAGCAUGUGCCCCUCUAGGAGGCCCCUAGGUCCUGAUUCAGAGGAGCAUGGCGACCUCGGAGUAGCCCCAUGGGUCCCAGCUGAGGCACCAGCUUUGGUCUACGCUGAGGCCCCAAGGUGCCAGGGGAUGUACCAAGGGCCAGGAGGGGCCCCACUGGUCCUCACCCCUCUCUGGAGUUGGAGUUGUUGAGCAACGUGGCAUGGUCCUCCAAAAAUGUUCUGUUUGGCAACAGGAAUCGGGCCAGUGCAUUAAUAGCUGUGCAGCCAGGGCAUGGUCUGGCGGCGUAAGAGCCAGCUGACAGCGCUUGGAGAAAUUUCUCUGUCCUGCUGCCUAGCGAAACCUGGGUUUAUUCAACCAGCUCUGGUGUGGGCCUGGGCUUUAUGGCCUUUCCCCGCAGCUGUCUGGAAGAGUAGCCGAGGCCUGUCAUGGCAGCGUUGCACCACCUCGUGAACCUCCACAGCCACGGCCCACAGGGUACAAAAUUGUCCCUGGUGCCCACUGAGCACCUGCUGGGCCCAGGGUCUCUUGGUGAGAGCAAACAUUUCAUAUGUAUUAAGGGGAAAAGGGUCUUUUUAAAGCCUUUUCCUAAAGGCUCAGUAAAGGCCCAAGUUUUUCCACGUUUUUCCACAGCUAUUGCAAGGUUCCCUGGCUGCAUUGGCAACGAUAGCCAGCGUACCCCACAGUAUUCCCAUAAAUACAGUUGGCAGGACCAGGAUUAAAUUGGCCUCACAGCGAUAACACCAAAAAACGGGUCUGCUGACAGCUGGCCUUGCUGGCCAGUGCUCGGAGCAGCAGCCCCGCAGCCUUCGGAGGGCUGGCCGGCCCUCCCUCCCUGACUCCUUUCUUCUCCUCCAUCUCUUUGUUGGAAAUAGGGAGAAAAGAUGAAUGGUGUCUCCUCAGAGAGGAUGGCUUUGAACGUAGACCGCUCACUGGAAGUGCCAUCAAAACGCGCCAGGGUUCUUUUCCAUGCGCUUCCUGGCCUUGUGUGGAAAUAAGAGAGAGAGAGAGAGUGGGAAGAUUAAAAAGGAGAGGGAAAGAGAGAGUGGGAGAGAGAUUGGACAGAGAUUUAAAAAAAAAAAAAAAAACAGGGAUUAGAGAGAGGAGGGAGAAAAAGAUUUUAGAGCGGAUAGAUGGAUGAUAGGGAGAGAGAGGGGAGUAUAGCUAGAGUAAGAAAGGUUAGAGUGAAAAAGAUGAGAGAGAGACAGGAAGAAAUUAGGUAAUAUGGAGCAAUAGGUGAUUGAUAGAGAUAGUGAAACGUAGCUAGCUAAAGUAGAUUAGACAGACUCAAUAGGUAGAAAGAUGGGCUGACUGACAGAUAGGUAUUGUGUCAUACUUCAUAAACGAUAUAUAUGCUAAUAUUCCCAUGUCAUGAUGGGUAGUAAACCCUGAGACACCUUCCAGCCUGACCUCAAUUCAGCAAAUGUAGCGCGGACAUCAGGCAUUGCUUGGACCGUAUGUCAGGUCUCACGAGCCUGCCCGUCCCUGCCGUGGGCGCGGCGGGGGGCGGAUGGUGUAUGGGGAGGGACACGGGGGCCGAGGCAAAGGAGGAGAGGCGCAGAGUAUGUUUGCUGUUCAUAGCACACCAGGUGCCCGGCCGGGAGGUUGCAGAUGCCCCGUGUCUCUAGCAGUGAGUGCAUGGAGAGAACUGAGGUUCAGCUCUCAGGAUUGGUGGGAGAGGUGUUUGGCAGGAGGCAGGAAGGAGAGAGCACAGCUUUUAUUUGGCCUCAUCUCCUGUCAUGACCAUUUAAAAGGGCUUUCUUAAGGACUGUCUUGUCCGUGUCUGCAAGGACCGCUUGGGGUCCUUGCUCUUCUGACUUCAGAUCCCAAAUCUUUCAUCUUGCCUCCAUUCCAUUAUUAGUAUUUUUUACUUUAGAAGGAAAAGAAAACUGCCUCUCGUGUCCUUCUGGACAUAGACCUUCCUCCCUCCUUGAUAAACAGAAGCAUUUUUCUCUCCCUGGGGACGUUUUAUCUUUGCAUUUCGCAUGUUGCCUCCCCCUUGGCUGACGGCUGGGGCAUCACGUGUGUUUUGCCACCAUUUGUAAGAACAUACUUUGCCAUGUUGCUUAGAGAACAAAGGGUAAGGUUUUGUGUUUUGUUUCUCCCCCCCUACAAAGAGAACGGGGUAUGUGGUUACCAACUGCAAACCUAAAAAAUCCAAGUACUAAUUCCUCUCCCUUGGUUCCAGUUUGAAAUUACUGGCUGUAACCAAGCACCCCCCCUAUCUUUCUUAUUGUACCAUGCCCUGAUCCUGCCAGAGAGUCAGGGCAAAGAGAGCGUGAGAGAGAGAGCGCACAGACAAACCCUUGCCUUGAGCAUGGGGUGGUUUAAUGUGUAGUACACAAGAUUUGUAUAGGAAGCUGGGCUGUCUUCAGGGUACAGGAAGAGAGCAGAGAAAAGCAUUUGGAUUUCCUUGAGUUGCCUCUUCAGCCAGAUUUUUAAAGGCUGAAAGGAAACAGUACAAAGGAUGUAGCAUGGGACGGAAAUUGGAAGAAGAACAGGGUUAUUUGAGGAACAGUUUUUCUAGCAGGGUAUCAAGUGAGCUAAGAGCAGCACGAGAGGCAGGAGGUCCCAGAAGUUAAGAGGGGAGCAAAGAGUACCCACUGAGUAGCUGCAGUUUUUCUACUACUGCUCCUGAUGCAACAACCAACACGAAUUCCCCAGGGAGUAUGUAUCUGUUCCUCCUUCCCGGAGGAGUAUCUCUCUUGCCUGGAGGUGUCUGUGGUUGUUACUUUUUGCAUGGUGAGGGAAGAGGAUGUCAGAGUGACUCCUGCUGGGAGGAUGGUUCCUGACCUCAUGUACAGUGCUGAGUCCAAGAGGGGCUGUUUUUAUGCCUCUGUAGUAAGAUAUGCUAGUGACCCACACCUAUACCGCAUGCUCCUAACAGCUGUAGGCCAGCUCUUGAUAUUUCACCUCAUCUAGAUUAAGCCUUGGAAAAGUGUAAAGAAAUCCAAACCAUAACCCCUCCACCCCCACCCCAUCGAUGCCGCAAAUCAUUCGCAUGAAUUUGGUCUGCUUUGUGGCAUCCACGGACUGUCUGCACUGGUAGCACAUCAAAACCCCACGGCCCUUGCAACCAUUGCAUCAGCCAAGAAGCUCCACCGCGAGCUGCAAUCCAACGGGAGGAGAGGUGCAUCCUGCUGGGAUCCCUUCAGACCCCGUAUUUUCAAGCCCCAAACCCUAAUGCAGCCCCGUGAGAGGCCUCAGUUAGAUGGAGCCCACCUCUGGUGACUGCACAAGCACCAUCACUUGGGGAACGUGUGACUCUAAAGGAAAGAAAUGGCCAUGACCAGAGGAGAGGGGUUUAGAAAGGAAGGGAAAGAAGGAAAAAAAAUAGAAGGAGGUAGCUGAUACCAAACUCCCCGGAGGUCACAGUUUUUUCCUUUUUUCCUGCGCUCUGCGAGUGGCACCCUGUAGCACAUGAGGCUUUUUGUACCGAAGGUCUGGUGUUUGUUGUAGGUGUCUUAGGAGGGAAACGGAGCGUUUGUGGUUUGCAGAGGCGGACGAAAGGGUCUGAGUGAAUGUUCUUGCGGUCCCUGUUGGCCAAGAUGUCCCUUUAGUGACCACCUGCAGCUCAGUGACAUGGGGCAGUGGUGGUGGGGUCUUCUUCCAGGCCUGUGCUCAGAUCCCCUGCUUUUCUGCAUUGCCACAUUAGCACUUUCACUGGAUAUUUAGAGCACCUCAGGACUGGUUCUCCUCUCGCUCACACCGGGGUAACUCAGGAGUCGCUCCACUGGAACCAGUGGUGUUAAUCUGGUGUGAAAAUAAUGCGAGAGGAGGAUUCAUCUCCUCGGGGGGGAUUUUCCAGGUCCCCGAGGGGGAAAAAAAUCAAUGGGAGUUACAUGUCUAACUGCCACUUGUGCCUGUGAAAGUCUGCCCCUUAUCUACCCAUAUGUAUAUAGGGUACAGUUUUCAGAAUAACCUAAGUGACAUGGGUGCUUAAGAUUAUGCAUUUUGUUGGCUUUCAAAGAGGCUUAUGCUCCUAGGGCCCAGAUCCCGAAGGAUGUCCAAGAUCCUCCUUGCAGCAACAUGGGGGGCUCAGGCCUAAACUUCUCCAGAGGUUUUUUGAAAAUGGAGCUUCAGAUCAUGAGUCAUUUAGGUGGUCCUGAAAACACUACCCUCUAUCCAUUCUUCAGGGUGUUGAUCUCAGGUCAUGUGCGAGCCUGCAUUCUUACCUACAAUGCUUUAUUACUACAUUCCUCUGUUGAGCAAUACUUGGAAGAAGAGGUGAAGGCCGAGAUUUGCAGAACAGGCUAGUGACCGAGUGGCUCACAUCUCGAGUGCCCAACUUAGAGACACCUUACUGGGGCCCGAUCUGCAGGUCCCCCGUAUGACCCGAACAUCACGAUUCGUGAAUUACACACUCAGAACCACCGGUCACUUCCCAAAAUCCCAGCCCGAGACCUAGACUGCUCUCACAAAAGAAAAUCCUAGGAUAGCCGUUCAUCUAAUAGCUUGGUUUUUCUGCUCAUGCCUGUUCCCAAUGAACAAAACACAUCCCUAUGCAUCACCUAAGCCCUAUUUUGAGGAGUUACACUGGCAUACAGCUGAAGUAACACAGUGGUAAAUCAGGGCCUGAAGAAGAAGGCUACAGCCUAGAGAGUAUAAAGAACUGUGACUUGUCUGGAGGCUAAUAAGAGCAGAACUUGACAAUUAGAGCGGCCCAUUUCCGAUGCUCUUGUGUGAGGAUCUGGAAAGAGUCUCUCACUCAUUGUACUUGUGCAUUAUGAAUGUGUCCAUCUGCAGAGAUCUAAUGUACACAUAUGUCCUGAAUAUUGUCCUAAGGUUGCAAGCUUCGAAACUGAGCAGAAAACAUUCCCAAGAAGUGAGAAUAAUACAGAUGUCUGUAUUUGAAAAAUUGGUUCAAAUAAAGUCUCUCACUUAUA